AUGAGUUCCUCAGCUUCUUCCUCUCUGUCCCACCCAGUGAGACAAACAACUGGCAUCCCCACUCGAUGUUGGUGUGGAGCAAAAUUGACAACAUUCGGCGCUCAGACAAAGGAAAAUCUGUUUAGGAGGUUCUAUCGUUGCGAAAUUGGCGUCAAGAGAAAAAAUGAACACCACUUGUUCAAAUGGGUGGACGAGGCAAUUGUUGACGAAAUCAACAUGUUCGAUGCCAAACAUUGCCACCUAAAGGAAGAUCUUGACUCAUUCAAGAUGUACACAACACAACGCCUGGAAGACCAGGCCAAAAAAAUUGACCAAACACUACUUCAGAUGAAAAGCCUCACGGAGGCCUCUACAUCGAACACGGCACAGUCUCCACUGAUGAACAUGGCUGUUGCAGCCAUUGCUAUUGGCACAAUGGCAUGGCUUUAUGCCAAAAUGUGUAACUAG